ACUUGAAUUUUAUCCCAUUGUACAGAGGCAGCCCCAGCCAUAGAGAGACCGAGAGCUCCCAGAGAACCCGGACUCCGCCAUCUUCACGUUGCAAUCUAUAGCUCCCAGUCCGCGCCCGCACCGACCCAGGCGCACUGGGCGAGCCGCCCCUCCGCCCCGCUCCCCCCGGGCCCGCGGCGCCAGGGGAGCGCUGGGGAGCGCUCGCGGGGACUCGGCAGCCCCUCCGGCCGGCGCCAGCCUGCCAGGUGAACUGGGAAGGAGCCGCUCUUGGUGUCCCCCCAGAGCCUCGGAAGGGUCAGUCUCCGAGAAAAAAAAAAAGAAAAAAAAAAAAAAAAGCAGGUAGCCCGCAGAAAACCCAGAAACAACCGAACCGGGGCAGUUUUACAUUGCUUUGGGUUUUUUGAGGGGGCGGGGUGAGGGGGUACGAGACAAGUCCCCAAGUUUUUUUUGCUUUUUUUUUUUCUUUGCUUUUUCUUCUUCUUCUUCUUUUUUUUUUUUUUUUUUUUCAUUUGUUCGAAUUUUUUCUUUUCCCCUCCUGGUAGAAGUGCGCUUUCCACCUACCAGAGCUGAAAGAAAGUGUCAGGAGCCGGUGCAAAAUCCAGUUUAAGUUCAAGAAGACAUUUGCAAGUGCAAGAGGCCAAGCAGUUUGGAGGAGUGUAAGAGAUUUUUUUUUUCUUCGAAAGAAUAUAUUUUUAAAGAAACCAGCCAGUCCGCGGAAAGCAACAGCAGUUUUUUUUUUUUUUUUUUUUUGCCUCUUUCUCUUAUUUUAGAUUGAGAGGUUUUUCUUGCUUUUCCUCCUCUUUUUUUUUCUUUUUGCAAACAAAACAAAAAACAGCAUAGAAGAAAGAGCAAAAUAAAGAAGAAGAAGAGGAGGAAGAGAGGGCAAGAGAGGAAGGGAAAAAAAACACCAACCCGGGCAGAGGAGGAGGCGCGGCGGCGGCGGCGGCGGCAGCGGCGCGGCGGCGGCUCGGACCCCCUCCCCCGGCUGCCCCCAUCAGUGCAGCUCUCCGGGCGAUGCCAGAAUAGAUGCCGGGGCAAUGUCCCGCCGCAAACAGGGCAACCCGCAGCACUUGUCCCAGAGGGAGCUCAUCACCCCAGAGGCUGACCAUGUGGAGGCCGCCAUCCUCGAAGAAGACGAGGGUCUGGAGAUAGAGGAGCCGAGUGGCCUGGGGCUGAUGGUGGGUGGCCCCGACCCUGACCUGCUCACCUGUGGCCAGUGUCAAAUGAACUUCCCCUUGGGGGACAUCCUGGUUUUUAUAGAGCACAAAAGGAAGCAGUGUGGCGGCAGCUUGGGUGCCUGCUAUGACAAGGCCCUGGACAAGGACAGCCCGCCACCCUCCUCACGCUCCGAGCUCAGGAAAGUGUCCGAGCCGGUGGAGAUCGGGAUCCAGGUCACCCCCGACGAAGAUGACCACCUGCUCUCGCCCACGAAAGGCAUCUGUCCCAAGCAGGAGAACAUUGCAGGGCCGUGCAGGCCUGCCCAGCUGCCAGCGGUGGCCCCCAUAACCGCCUCCUCCCACCCUCACUCAUCCGUGAUCACUUCACCUCUGCGGGCCCUGGGCGCUCUCCCACCCUGCCUCCCCCUGCCGUGCUGCAGCGCGCGCCCGGUCUCGGGUGACGGGACUCAGGGUGAGGGUCAGACGGAGGCUCCCUUUGGAUGCCAGUGUCAGUUGUCAGGUAACAGACGACGUGGCGGUGGGGGGUGGGCCCCUGGGGAUGGCGGGGUGUGCCGUGGGCAGUGCUGGAGCAAGGUGGGGACCCAGGGAGGAAGGGCAGCUCCCACCCAGAAGGCUUUUUGGGGUGCCAGGGGAAGUGGUGAAGAAUGUUCACUGAACUACGAGCCAGUGCCCGGUGCCCCGUGGCAGGAGUCCCCACCGAGCCCCCACCCGUUCUGAGAGUCUUAUUCCCAGAAUGCUUCCCUAGCCUCCCAAUCUGGUUUCUUUGGGUUGUUUAGCGGCAGCUUAAUUGGAUAACACUUAACAUCUGAGGUUUUCUUCUGCCCUUGCCACUGCCACCCCUUCCCCCACCCCAGACAACACCCUGCCCUGCCAAGACAAGGCUAGGGGAGGAUUCCUUGCUUGUCUGUGUACAUUGCUGGAGCCGUCCAAAAUGCUGAGUUUCUCUUUGGGAGAAUGUGUUGCCCAUUAACUUUGAAAAAGAAAGUGGCUCAAAAGGAGCCUCUUACAAAGCUGUGGCCACGAGAGGGAGUGAAACCCUGUGGGUGUGUGAGGGGCAGGGGUGGGGGCUGAGUACCUGCUGCGCGUCCAGCUCUGGGCCAGAUCCAGACACAGCUGUGUUUGUGCUGACUCGUCCUGCUGUCCUGGGAGGGCGGUGUCCCUGCCCAUUCUACAGGUGGGCAGACGGGGCAGGGUGGCCACACAGCCCUGUCCUCCUCUAUGUGCUCUGCCUCUCCCCAGGUGGAACCCAAGAUCUUAUUCCACUUAGGGUGUCUGGGAAUUCUUGGGGUCCCUGGGAAGUCAGAGGCAAAGGGCCCUCUCACAAGUCUGUCCCCGCAGCGUCUCAGCAGGGCCUGGUGUGAAAGCGCUGUGGCCACACAAGCCAGGAUGCUGACACAGACACACGUGGCAAGUGGCCGUGGCCUGGUUGCUGUGGCAGGGGCAGGAAAGGAGAGAGGGUGGGUGCAGAGCUGGGGCAGAUUUGAUUGGUUCCUGCUUUGUCACCAGGCAUGGUACAGGCUUUCUCUUGACUUGAGUUGUGAAAGGAAAACUGUUUUUAUUGGGCAGGUUUUGUUUUGAAUUGAAGCUGUCUCCAGGGACGGUCCCUGUUGGAGCCACAGCUCUGCAGAAGGCCACAGCCACAGCUCUGUAAAAGGCCACAGGCAGCCUCUGCUCCAGGGUCCAGAGCUCCCUGGGCUCCAGAGCUCCCUAGUAGGGUGGCCUGGAGCCUUUAGUAUACCCUCCCUGCUGUGACAGGUGGUGACAUUAUAGGAUCUGGCUUCCAAGAGGGAGUUUUGGCUUCUUACUGGGCUUGUGCCUUAAAUGUACAAAGCAAAACCCAAAAUCUCCGGGGAAGGAGUCAGAACCACUUGCAAAGACGCCGUCUCCCCGUUCUAGGCUGUGCUGGUCCCCAGGUGCUCAGGCCUCCCGUCCUGGCUCAGUAAAUCUGUUCUAAGUGUGCAGAAGGCCCUGCUUGCUGAGCAAGGGGUGCCUGCUUCGUCUGGGUGGUUGCCCUGUUCUCACGGCUUCCUGUCAUUAGCACUGCAGCCUCUGCAGCCACUGGAGGGGCUGUGCUAUCAAAGAUCAGCCUGAGUGUUUAUUACUGGACUCGGUCAAGUUCUGCGGCAGCACAGAAAUCUGAUCUCGUCAGAGGCUCACCCAGGUCUUUGCUUAACCCUCUGUUGGCCCUGCUGAGAAGCUGCCGAAGUAGAUGAGACUCAGCUAGAGGACUGAGCCCCUCCGUUAAGUGGCCAGGCCCACUUAGCAUCUUUGUAUGGUGCUGAGCAGGAGCUGUUACCAUCCCCAUUUUGCAGAUGGAGAAGCAAAGGCUUGAGAGGGGAGAGUGGCUGGUCAGGGUGGCAGAACUGGGAUUUGUCCUUGGUUGCCUUCUGAAAGGCCACCCCUCUUCCCAUGGAACCAUGCUGCCUCUGCCCACAUCCAUAGGAGGUCGAAUGAACUUUCCACUGCCUUGGCUCUGGCGGACUCUGCCAAUAGCAAGUCCCCAUACGUGCCACUGGGAUCCUUAUGAGGACUGUGUGUGGAGGGCCUUCUAUGUGCUGUACCGUGCUGGGCAUUUAUGUGCCUUCUGGAAUUUAAUCAUCACAGCAACCUAAUGCUUUACUCUCCUCAUUUUGCAGAUAAGAAAAUGAUGCUCAGAAAUGUUAAGCUCUCACAGCUCACAUCCAUACGUCCGUCCCUCCGUCCAUCCGUCCAUCCAUCCAUCCAUCCAUCCAUCCAUCCAUCCGUCCAUCUAUC